AUGGCAGUACUCAAGAACAUCUUACCGUUGCACAAGAAGGAAUCGGUUUCGCGGCUUCAGGGCACUCCUCACAGCAAUGCCCAUCAUCACCACCGUCCUCAGAAGGCAAAGAGCUUUAUGCCUAACAAAUGGCGCAAUGAGCUCGUUGCCGCUGCAGCAGAGUUUGCUGGCACGUUCAUGUUCUUGUUCUUUGCGUUCGGAGGAACGAGUGUAGCCAACACUGCGGCGACAUACAGCAACCGAGUUACCUCUGGACAGGACAACAACAGUAUUACACAGGCGCCAGAUACGAGUGUGCUGCUGUACAUCAGUCUGAUCUUCGGCUUCAGUUUGAUGGUGAACGUCUGGGUAUUCUUCAGAGUAACACUCGGCCUCUGGCUCAUCGGCGCCGUCCCAACAAUCCGAGCAUGCCUCUGCUUCGUCUCCCAGAUGCUCGCGGGCAUGGCCGCCGCGGGCGUAAUCCAAGCCAUCAUCCCAGGCCCCCUCAACGUAUCCACCACCCUCGGCGCAGGCGUCUCCGCCGCCCGCGGCGUCUUCCUCGAAAUGUUUCUUACCUCUCUCCUCGUCUUCACCAUCUUCAUGCUCGCAGCCGAGAAGCACAAAGCCACCUUCCUGGCCCCGAUCGGCAUCGGCCUCGCCCUUUUCGUCGCAGAAAUGGUCGGCGUGUUCUUCACUGGUGGCAGCCUGAACCCUGCGAGGAGCUUCGGGCCCUGCGUUGCUACGCACAACUUCCCGGAGUAUCAUUACAUUUACUGGUUUGGGCCGCUGAUGGGUACGCUGCUGGCGUUUGGCAUGUAUCGUAUUGUUAAGCUGGUGGAGUAUGAGACUGUCAACCCUGGUCAGGACUUUGACGAUCAUGAGGCUGCGUUGUUUAACCCGCCUGAGGACCCGGAGCAUGCUGGGCAGGUCGAAAGGCCGAACGUUGCGGCUCAUGCUAUGGCGGAUGCGAUUCGCAGGACUAAUUCUGGUCUCAAUGAGAAUGGCCAGUUUGGCAUCGACUCGAUGCUGGAGAGCAAGGACGACGAGAAGUCCACACCACCACGGUCUCCGCAGAAGGAACAAGAGUUGUUAGAAAGAACGGGUCAUGCACCAGCUGCCAACGGCGAACGCCAUGAGUGUUGUUAG